AUUUAGAUAAUAUAUCACAUUCAGGAAUUUAGGCUAUAUUCGAAAUUUCUAAUUGCUGCAUCAAACUAAAACUGUAAUAUGGCUCCACAAAAGAGAAAGGUCUAUGUCAUCGGAGUUGGAAUGACCAAGUUUGAAAAACCUGGAAGAAGGGAUGAUUUCGAUUAUCCUCAAAUGGGAAAAGAGUCUGGCCAAAAAGCAUUGGCUGAUGCUGGAAUAAACUUCAAAGAAGUUGAACAAGCUGUUGUUGGCUAUUGUUAUGGUGAUACCACUUGUGGACAACGAGUCAUUUACCAACUUGGAAUGACAGGAAUACCCGUUUAUAAUGUGAAUAAUGCAUGUUCAACUGGAUCAUCUGCCCUUUUUAUGGCAAAACAAUUGGUGGAAGGCGGACUUGCAGAGUGUUGUAUGGCACUUGGAUUUGAAAAAAUGCAACGUGGAUCACUUUCAUCCAAUUGGGAUGACAGAACCAAUCCAAUGGACAAGCAUGUCCAAGUUAUGAUGGAAGUAAAAGGAAUCGCUGCUGCUCCUAUCACACCUCAGUUAUUCGGAAAUGCAGGCAUCGAACACAUGGAAAAAUAUGGGACCAAACCGAUUCAUUUUGCAAAAAUAGCUUGGAAGAAUCACAAACAUUCAACAAACAAUCCAUAUUCACAAUUCCAAACUGAAUAUUCACUAGAACAGGUGAUGAAUUCAAGGCAGGUUUAUGAUUUCAUGGGAAUAUUACAGUGCUGUCCCACAUCAGAUGGAAGUGGUUGUGCAAUUCUCGUCAGUGAAGAUUUUGUUCGUAAGCAUGGACUUGAACAUAAAGCUGUUGAGAUUGUUGGACAAACUAUGGCUACUGAUCUACCAAGUACAUUCGAAGAAAAAAGUUGCAUGAAGACUGUUGGUUAUGACAUGACAAGACGUGGAGCUGAAAAUUUAUACAAGCAAACUGGAAUAAAACCUUCAGAUGUCGAUGUCAUCGAACUUCAUGAUUGUUUCUCUGCGAAUGAACUGAUUACUUAUGAAGCAUUAGGUCUUUGCCCUGAAGGUGGUGCUGGUGAUUUCAUUGAUAGAGGAGACAACACGUAUGGAGGAAGAUAUGUCAUAAACCCAAGUGGUGGACUAAUUUCAAAAGGACAUCCAUUGGGUGCAACUGGUCUUGCUCAAUGUGCAGAGUUGUGUUGGCAAAUGCGAGGUGAAGCUGACAAACGUCAAGUUCCUGGUGCAACUUUAGCUCUGCAACAUAACCUUGGACUUGGUGGAGCUGUUGUAAUGACCUACUACAGACUAGGAUUUCCAGAAGCUCGUAAAAGAUAUUUGGCAAGAGUCAGGGCAAGUUCUGUAGACACAUCUGCUGCUGCUGGAUUCAAGUCCACACCUGCAUUUGAGGAAAUUCAAAAACAAAUUGAAAAGGACGGCGGUGCAAAUGCUAAGAAGCUGAAUGGAAUUCUUGCAUUCAAAGUUAUAAAAGGUCCUGGUGGAAAAGAAGUUAUUUGGACGGUAGAUGGAAAAGCAGCUAAAGGAAGUUUGGAAUUAAAUUCAGGCAAAAAAGCAGAAUGCACUAUGACCAUAAGUGAUGCAGAUCUUUUUGAUUUAAUGUCUGGGAAGUUAAACCCGAAUACGGCAUUCUUCAGUGGAAAGUUGAAAGUUUCUGGCAACAUGGGCUUAGCAAUGCGAGUGCAGAAUAUCAUGCCUGCCAAACCAAAACUUUAGUAAAAUAACAUUUCCAGUUUCCAAGUCAUCACUUCAAGAGUACUUACAAGCAUAAAGUUAUAAUUAUUUAUCUCAUUUUUGUGUAAUUGUUAUUUUGUGCAUUUAUGAAUUUAUAAUAUCAUGUUUUACUUCUAUGCAUUUUGCAAUUUAAUUAAAAAUAAAAAAUAAUCACCAAAUGUGUUGUACAUGCCAAUCAACGAAGUUGAUAUUUCAAAUAAACUUAAAAAUUUAUUUGUCACAUUGCUUUGUGACUUCGUCUGAUCAGAA